AUUGAGCAAAAUGCUCAAAUACUUUAAUUUUUUUUUAGAAACUGAUGCUGCUUCUUCUAAACUCAAUUUAAACAUGUGAGAAACUCAAGUAUAAGUAGUGUUUACGAGGAAAUAAACUAAAUAGAGUGAAUAAGUGUUUAAUAUUUUGAAUCAUGUAAUGUCAGCAAGAGGUAUAAAAACAGUUUUCAGUGAUAAGACAAGAUUUCGAUGAGCGACGAAACCCCGGGGGUGGGGCAGGGUGCUCUGCCCCCGCGUGAGGGCUCAAUGCUUUCGCGCUCAGUGGCAGAGCGCCCUGCAAUGAGAUUGACUCAAGUCGCAGGAGGUCAGUAUGUUUUGACCACCCAAUCACCAGGUGGAGUUCCGGCUUUAGCGCAACUUAGUCCUGGAAAUAUUGGAGCUAACAGUCCCAACCUGCAACAAGCUGGAGUAACUAGAAUAAUAAGCAUAAGUCCUUCUCGUAGUGGACAAGCCUCUACUUUAAGACCAAGUCAGGCUAACCAAUCCAUUGUAAAUGUCCUCACAAAACCUAGAGUUAACACAAAUCUCCGCUUGCAAUUAUUCCAAAAUGUGGAUGCGAAUGCUUCUGUUCCCCAGCUGACAUCAUCGAGAUCACCUUUGAAAAGGCCACUUUCUACAGGAGUUGAAAGGAGAGAUGCUUAUUCGGCUAAAUUACAGAGGAUUAUGAACCAUAGAAUAGUUCGAUCAAAGUUGGUCAAAGAAAAAUACAAUGAACAUUUGAUGGAGUUGUAUUUCUUGGAGUCAGGAGGAAAUGUUUUGGAUAUCCAUCAGUUUGUGAAAAGGCCAAAGACAGCACAUUAUCUGGCUUAUCUUAAAGAACAUGUCAUAGAUCCUAAAGAAUAUAUUGAAAGUUCUAGUAGUAAUAGUGUUAAUGUUACAAUUCCACAGACUGUGCCAAGUACUCCAUCAGCUACACCUGUUAGUUCAUUACCAGGAAUCUCGCAUUCCAGUCAAACUGUUACCAAUGUUACAGAAUCUACAGUUAAAUCCACUCCAAAACACAAAACUGUCCAAGGAAAUCAGGAACAGAUCAUGGAGAAGGCAAAACAGGAAGCUUAUGUUGUACAGCGAAUUUCUGAUCUGCAAAAGGAAGGCCUUUGGUCAGAAAGACGUUUACCGAAGCUCCAAGAAAUGCCUAGAAUUAAAACACAUUGGGAUUAUCUGUUGGAAGAGAUGGUUUGGUUAGCUGCAGACUUUGCCCAAGAACGUAAAUGGAAGAAGGCGGCCGCUAAAAAGUGCGCCAAAAUGGUACAGAAAUAUUUUCAAGAUAAGGCAUUGGCCGCUCAGAGAGCAGAGAAAGCUCAGGAACAAAAUCUCAAACGAAUAGCUGCUUAUUGUGCAAAAGAAAUAAAGAGUUUUUGGAAUAAUGUCGAAAAAUUGGUAGAAUACAAACAGAACACAAUACUUGAGGAAAAACGAAAAAAAGCAUUAGAUCAACAACUUAGUUUCAUUGUUGAUCAAACUGAGAAAUAUUCACAACUUCUUGCUGAAGGUAUGAAUAAAAGUGUCAAUGACUCAUCUCAGGUUGAAAAAAAUGUUUCUUCUGCUCCUGAGUCAAGAGCGAAUUCCGAUGACGAAUUCCAACCAGAUAAUCAAAGUAGUACUGAUGAUGAAGAAACUAUAGAACAGGAAGAGGCCAAUAUUGAUGCUGAACGGCAGAGUGAGGAAGUGGCUGCUCUUCAAAAAGAAUCGGAAAUGGAUUUAGAAGAAUUCCUGAAAGAAUUACCAAAAGACUAUUUGGAAAAUAGGGAUAAAAUUAAACUCAGCAAUGAUGAGGAGAGUGAUUUGAGAGAAGUAGAAAAUAAAAACGAAAAAGAUGCAGACUUUAAAGCAUCCAGCAGUGAAGAAGAUGAUGAAGCCACCAUUGAUGAACAAGAGAUGAAUGAAGAUACUGUAAAUCAUGAAGAAGAAUUGAAAGAUCUUGAAGCAGAAAAUGAGAUGAGUAUUGAGGAACUUCGUAGGAAAUAUAGCAAUAUUCCUGACGUUGUUGAGGAAAACUCAAAAAGUUCUUCGGAAUCUUCUUCUGAAGAUGAGGAAAGUGAAAAAGAGACUGAAGAGAGUGAUGAUGAGGAAGUCAUAGCUUCUGAAGAUGAUAAGAGUCAAGCUGGCUUAGAGUUGUUGCUGGAUGACGCCCAAGUGAGAGAGGAUGCAGAGACUGAAAAUGAUGACUUAAUUAAUGAUGCUGCAGCGAUUGCAGAAAGUAUACAGCCCAAAGGAAAUACUCUGUCUUCUACAAGCGUCUCGACUACAAUUCCAUUCCUACUAAAAUACUCAUUGAGAGAAUACCAACAUAUUGGAUUGGACUGGUUAGUUACAAUGUUUGAGAGAAAAUUGAAUGGUAUAUUAGCCGACGAAAUGGGAUUGGGAAAAACAAUUCAAACCAUAGCUCUCUUAGGACAUCUUGCUUGUGAAAAAGAAAACUGGGGUCCCCAUUUGAUAGUUGUUCCAACAUCCGUAAUGUUGAAUUGGGAAAUGGAAUUCAAAAAGUGGUGUCCAGCUUUUAAGAUCCUAACAUAUUAUGGUUCUCAAAAAGAGAGGAAAAUGAAAAGGACCGGUUGGACUAAGCCAAAUGCUUUCCAUGUAUGCAUCACUUCAUAUAAGUUGGUUAUCCAAGACCAUCAGAGUUUCAGAAGAAAAAAAUGGAAAUAUUUAAUUUUGGAUGAAGCACAGAAUAUCAAGAACUUCAAAUCUCAAAGAUGGCAGCUUCUACUAAAUUUCCAAACUCAACAACGUUUGCUAUUGACUGGAACUCCUCUACAAAAUAAUCUUAUGGAAUUGUGGUCCCUUAUGCAUUUCCUUAUGCCAAAUGUAUUCCAAUCUCAUAGAGAGUUUAAGGAAUGGUUUUCCAACCCAGUAACUGGAAUGAUUGAGGGAAACAAUGAAUACAAUGAAAAUAUUAUAAAAAGAUUGCAUAAGGUUUUGAGGCCUUUUCUUCUAAGAAGGUUAAAAUCAGAAGUUGAGAAACAAAUGCCUAAGAAGUAUGAACAUGUUGUUAUGUGCAGGCUCUCUAAAAGGCAAAGAUUUUUGUAUGAUGACUACAUGUCCAGAGCAAAGACAAAAGAAACCUUGUCAAGUGGAAACUUAUUAAGUGUUAUAAAUGUACUAAUGCAAUUGAGAAAAGUGUGCAAUCAUCCUAAUUUAUUUGAAGUUCGACCAACCAUAUCUCCAUUUCAAUGUGAAGGUGUUACUUUCCAUAUUCCUUCCUUAAUUUUUGCCGCAUUAGAGUAUGAUGUAUGGAAGAAUGUAAACUUUGUAUCUUUGAAUCUCAAUCUUCUUGCUAUGGAAACAUACGUUAGCGCUUAUCAGUCUUACCGAGCAAGAAGUCUACGUACACCAGCGAAAAUUAUUGAACUGAACCAUGUACCUGAUGAGAUUCCUCCUUGUCCUCCAUCUAGGCUCAUAAUGAGAAUAAGGAAACAUGACAAUGAUACAAGUGUGAAAGUGGAAAAAAAAGAAACUAAUAAUGGUAGAGGAAACCAAAAUCUUAAAUUGAAAGUGGGACAACCCUACAGUAUGCAACUGGUACAGCAACAUGGUGGAAUCGUUAAGGCAAUACCAGUUAAUAUCGCACAAGGUUCAACGGGUAUUGCUUCAACUAAUUUAUCAAAUGCUGCAUCGAUAUUGAAGACUGGAGACAACAAGAUAUCAGCCAGUUUCGCACAAUUAGUUCAAACGUCUACAGGGAAGCAUUUGUUGCUCACUUCUACCCCAAACAUUGCAGGAUCAACAAGUGGUGCAGUUGCAGCUCAAAAGCUUACCUUGCUCUCAAAGCAUCCUGUCUCCACAGCUACCAAUGUUCAACCUCUACACAAAGCAUUUAUGAAAUUUCAACUUACUUCUGUCAACGCCCAUCCUACAAACACAAUGACUACGUCACUUUCCAACUCUAGUAUCAAGGAACCUACUAAGGUGGGAUCUAAAUUCAUAGAACAAUUAUAUUCCAAUCAAACAAAUCAAAAUAAUUUGGAUGUUCGAUGGCGAGAUAACCAGCAGCAUGAGAAUAAGGUAGAAUUACAAGAAAUUGAUAUGAAACUUAGAUUGAAAAUUAUGUCUGAAAUCAAUGAAAGGCGACUUAUGGCAUGCCCAAUUUAUGGAAGUGAUCUGCAUGCGGCGGUUAAAAUAACACCUGUGAGUGGAAAUAGUUGGAGUAAUGGCAGAAGCAUUUGUUUGGAUGCUAUGAGACAAAAAGGUGUAGAAAGUGAAGUAUUGAAAGCCGUUUUGUACACACCAGAGAAGAGGAUCACGGAAAUGGCCCCAGUAACCGAUAGAUUCAUCUUUUAUGUACCUUCUGUCAAUGCACCGAAACCAGAACUUCAAGUCUGGCACCCCCAUCCAGGAGUUUAUAGGGAUAUCAAAGAAGUUCCUCAAAAACUUGCAAGAAUUUUAUCUAAGCCAGCAUCUGUAUUACAUAAAUUAGCGUCGGCCAUGGUUACUCAGUUCCCUGACCCAAGAUUGAUCCAAUAUGAUUGCGGGAAAUUACAAACUCUGGAUAAACUACUUAGAAAACUCAAGUCAGAAGGUCAUAGAGUAUUAUUAUUCACGCAGAUGACUAAAAUGUUGGAUGUCUUGGAAGCAUUCUUGAAUUUUCAUGGUCACAUCUACCUAAGGCUAGACGGUACUACCAGAGUAGAUCAGAGACAGGUAUUGAUGGAAAGAUUCAAUGGUGAUACAAGAAUAUUUGCCUUUAUCCUCUCGACAAGAUCGGGUGGUGUGGGUGUUAAUCUAACAGGGGCCGAUACUGUGAUAUUUUAUGAUUCCGAUUGGAAUCCGACCAUGGAUGCUCAGGCCCAAGACAGAUGUCAUCGCAUUGGUCAAACUAGAGAUGUACAUAUAUAUAGGUUAGUUAGUGAACGAACAAUUGAAGAAAACAUACUGAAAAAAGCCAAUCAAAAACGAUUAUUGGGUGAUUUGGCAAUCGAAGGAGGCAAUUUCACAACAGCUUAUUUCAAAAGCUCUACCAUACAAGACCUCUUCAACAUUGACAAUGCUGAAGAAAGUGCUGCACAUAGAAUGUCUGAAGUUAUUGAGAGCAACAAAGAUAGAGCUGAAGCUCUUGCAAAACGAACAACUUCCCCAUCGACCAUACCCGGAGAUGAAAAAGUUGCGAUUGGAGCACUGGAAAAUGCUUUGGCUGCUUGUGAAGAUGACCAAGACGUACAGGCUGCUCGCAUUGCAAAAGCCGAAGCCGUUGCUGAUUUGGCCGAGUUUGAUGAAAACAUUCCAUUAGAAGAAGUCAAGGAUAAGGAUAAGGAGCCUGAGAUAAGCAGAGCAGAACAAGAAAUAGAGAAUGUCAUCAAAAAGCUAAGUCCCAUUGAAAGAUACGCAAUGAAUUUUAUUGAGCAAACGGAAUCAGCCUGGUCAGCAGAACAAUUGGCUGCAGCUGAAAGAAGAAUUGAAGAACAGAAACUUGAAUGGGAACAGAAUCGAUUGGCGGCUAUGAAGGAAGAAGAAGAAAGACGAGCUCGCGAACUUGAGGAAGAAAAUGAUCUCCUAACAUUCUCAAGAGAGGAUGCCAAUAAUCAGAUUUGGCUGUCAGAUAAUGGAAAUGAGCAAAUGCCUAUGUGGUGCCCACCUACUCCUCCCCAACAAGAUAAUGAUGUUUAUAUUGAUAAUGCAGUUUCGUUCCUCUAUGAUGGUGAAAUUAUGUCUGAAAACCAAUUGCCACCUGUCUAUGUGAAGAAAGAAGCCAAGCGAACAAGGGUUGAAGCUGGAUUACCAGAAAGUAGACGUUCUGUGAAAAUUCCAAGAAAAGAGGAAGUUGUAAAUGCACCAAAAUCCAUAUUCCAUCCACAUGCUCUCUUCAAGAUGCGACGAGAUGUGAAAUGGCAAAAAUAUAGAAAUUUGAUUAGACCAGGAAUUUCCAUACCAGGAAAAGCAACUUCAAAUAAAAGUGCAAGUGAUUUACCCACAUGUCAAGAAUGGACGAUACAUGAGGAUAUGGCUCUUCUUAAAGUCAUACAAAACUUUCAAAGUUUACCUAUUAAUUUAUUGAUAACUUCACCGGCUCAUACACCCAAUUGGGACUUUGUUGCAGAUUAUGUCAAUACUGUAUCAAUUACCUACAGAUCACCAAAGCAAUGUCGACAAAGGUAUGAUUCAGUGCUCAUGCAACGUGAAGAGGGUAAACAAAUGUAUGAUCAAACGAUGCGGAAGAAGAAGAACAAAAACACAAGUCCACAGAAAUUUGUUUUUCAACAACAAAAAUCAAACCGACCUAUGCGAACUUCCCAACUUUAUACACAAGACAACAACUCUAGUUUUUCACAUACAAUUACUCAGAAAUACGAUGCAAGUCUGGCUAACUCUAGUAAACCCAAACCACCUGAUCGAACUGCAAACAAUAUACUACCCAAAAAUCCUAAACAUACUGUUGUAUGGAAUGAAUGUGGUAUAGAUUUUGACCAUCCACUGUUUCCAAUGGAUGUUGCUGUGAGAAGAGCUGAAAGAAUGGCUAGAGAGAAAAAGAUGACAACAGAAGCUAGAAUGCAGUUAAUGAAGGGCAUUGUAGGUCAAAGCCAAUCUUCAAGUUCCAGUGUGGCAUCAGCAGUUGCAACUAAUGUAGUACAGAAUAUAUCUCUCACUCAAGCUACUGGUAGUGGAACUCCAACUAUUGUGACUGCAACUACUGCAACUUCAGGUGCUACUGCUGCAAGUACUCAGAGUACAAUUAGAGGUCAAAGAAUAAUUGCUUCUCCACUCCAAUCGUCCACUGUAGUUUCUGUUUCGAGUUUGAGUCCUGCACAGCUUCAAGCCGCUACUCAAAGACUUAUAGUUUCAGCAAGUUCUGCUCAAACCAAAGGCAUCGUCACAGGGCAAGGAGUACAAAGCAAGUCUAUUAGUCCUGCUCAGUUGCAAAUGAUCAGGCAAGCUGCAUCUCUGAAACAACAAGUAAGGCUUCAAACUCAAGGGUUGAAAACAUCAACUGUUACCAUAGGAGGCCAAGCUACUGUUGUGCAGUUCACCCAAGCACAACCUCGACCCCAAUUUGUCAGACAAGGUACUGUUGGAGUUGGGAAUAAAACGCCUAUCACCCGUACAGAUAGUGAAGUGGCCCAGAUUUUGAAGAAACAGCAGCAACUACAACAGCAUAAGGCACUUGCUGCUGUGGCUAGUGGAAGUCAGUCAAAUUCAAUUCAAAAUUUAUCACCACAAGUUUUCGCCCAUGCUUUUCAACAGGCUGGAACUUCUGGUACCCCAGUAGCAACGUUGGUGAAGACUGUUACUAGUUCUGGAGUAUCCCAGGCAGUAACUAUUCCAAUUGCAUCGGCUAAAACGCUAAAUUCUCAAUUGAAGACUAAUCCACAGCAAAUCCGACAACUUCACAUUCAGCAGCAACUCUUGGCUCAGAAAAAAUUGGGCGCGCAAAAAGUGAGCAUUGCUCAAGUUGCUGGAGCAAAGACAAAUAUGCAAACUCAGCUUAUUGUUGGCUCGAAGCCAUUGCAGACAGCCAUGACUGUACAGCAAUUUCAACAAGUUAUGAGAACACCUCUUGGAGUGUCGCAAGGUCCGGUUGUUUUAGCGAAAGGAACUCAAAGAGUGAUACCUGUUAAUACUGGUCCAGGGAAUAAGCAAACAAUUCAGGUUGUUGCCGCCACAUCACAGGGUUUGUCAUCGAGUUUACGUCCCCAGUCUUCGUCUACUCUUGCCGGUGCACUUGCCGGUUUGAAAGUACAAGGCCAGACUGCUUCUCAAACACAACAAGCUCUUCUUAGUCAGGUUUCUGCAGCAUUGCAAAACCAAAGUGUAGGUGUUAGGCAGGGUAGUCCUGUACGAAUCCAAACUUCGAGUGGUACUCCCAUAGUUGCAGUUUCCGUACAGUCAAAUUCAAACAUCCAAGGCGUCCAAGGAGUGAAUCCUGAACAAAUAACAAGGUUCAUGAAAAAGUAAAUUAUCAAUCGUUUGGAAAUUAAUUGAACGUUUCCUCAAAAUAUCUAUCCAUUUGCUGUGUAAAAUUGAUUACUUCAAAGCAAUAUGCUGAAAAAUAAAAAUACCAAGACAAGUUGGCACUGCUUGGAUGAAUGAGUAUUAGAUAUGUAUCAUACAAUUUUAAGUUAUUGACUAAAGAAUAGUUUUAAUUAGUUCAAUUAAAGUGGAAACACAUUAACUGAAUUUUGGUUUGCAAAACUGUAAAUUCACGAAAAUGAAAAAAAAAAUCAAAAAAUGGAAAGAUGAAAUUAAUUUGCAUUGUAUUUAUAGAGAAAUGACUUGUGGGAAUUGAAUUCUUUUGAUUUGAUAUUGUAGUAGCAAUGUACAAUGAAAAAAUCUAAUGCACCUUUCAUAAAAAGUAAUAACAUAACAUGUAAUGAUAUAUGAUGUUGGAAUAAAUAUGGAUGUUGGUUAUAUAAUGUUGUAGCUCUAAGAUUCUGGAGGACUAUUUUAGUUUUUGUAAAAGCCUAUUGUAAGUUCAUAGUUGCAUGGGAUGUUUGAGAAAUAUUAUUUUAUUGAGUUCAGACAAAAUUAUUAUUUUGAUAAUAUCCUUCUAAUUUUUUAUUUCAAUCAUUUCAUUUUUAUAUCGAUUUUAAAACAUUGAAAUUAGUAUUCGCUAUAUUUUUCUCUCAAAUUUAAAUUGUCGACAGAUUAUUUCUGCUGUAAACAAAGUAUUGUAAUUAUUUUAUUUUCCAAUUUCACUUUGUUGAAGUUAUAUAUUUUUCUAUAACCUGUUAAUCUUUUCUAUACAUAUUUUAAUUAGCAACCAAAUACAUACUUUGUAUUGAAUUUUGUUUGUAUAAAAAACAAACUGAAAAUUUAUCUGGAGAGGGAGGAUUCAUUUUUCAAUUCCAAAGCUAAUUUUAUAUGUAUUUUAUGUAGCCAAAAGUAAUAUAUUAAGAACUGAACUAUGAUAUUGUGAAUUGGCUUUUUAUUAUUAAAAAUUAAAUAGUCGAUUGGUUUAUUUAAAUAAUAAAAUAAUUCAAAAUAAGCCAAUGAUAUUUUGAUUUCAAUGUCUGAUUUAUUGAUUUGAUAAUGAAGAAAACAAUUUGGCCUUAAAUUAACACGGGUGUAUAUAACAUAUGGCAUUCUUAAUAUCUAUCAUUUUUGAACUUUGUAGACUUUUGUACUAUUUGUAUAUUAUCCAUCCAUAAAGAGAUUUUUUUAUCUUAUCUAUUCUCAUUAUCUAUCUCAUCAUUUAUAAUUCAACUCGACCUUUUGUUAUUAGUUCUUUAGUCAGUAUUCACCAUGCCCCAGUCAUAGCUACAUUUUGUAAAUCAUAAUUUCUAUGCUGUGAUAGUAACACUGUUAAAAGUAUUACGUGGCUUGUGUUUUUUUGUUCUCUUUGUGCAUAAACAGAUAAUUAAUGUAUAUAUGUAAUAGUAAAAUAUCCUAGUUCCACUUGUCCACUUUUUGUUAAUGCACAAGGAUUUGUACAUAUUUGUAUAAUAAUUUUACACUGUAGGUAUGUGACAAUAAAUUAUAAUUUUCGAUAAGGA